AUCGACCGGUCCUACUCAUCGUCUUUGUUUAUUUUAUGGAUAACAGGAGACCUGAUGGGUGGGGCAGGAAUGGCACCGAUUGACCCGAUGACAUACGACCCAUCCUCGCUCACAGGUGCGACACAACAGCAAGGUCAGGGGGGACAGCGCAGCAAGCGAAUGCGAACCUCGUUCAAGCAUCACCAGCUUCGUACCAUGAAGUCCUACUUCGCCCUGAACCAGAACCCGGACGCCAAGGACCUGAAACAACUGGCCCAGAAAACAGGGCUUUCCAAGAGGGUUCUUCAGGUUUGGUUCCAGAAUGCACGUGCCAAAUGGCGGAGAAGCCUCUUGAGGCAGCAGCAGGAGAACGAGAAAGGGAACGGUGGGAACGGUCAGCAGGCCCAAGUGCAAGUCCAAGGCGGGAACAACGACGGAAUGUCCACUCCAGUUCCCACGGAACCGCCGGGGAUUCAUCCAGAGCUGGAUUUCUCCACGCACCCCAUCUAUGGAUGAUCCUCGGAAAGGCUGUAUCCGUUCAUACGCUUUAGCCGUUGUGAUCUGCACCUCGAGCCAGUCAUUUCUGUGCGGUUUCACACCGUCUCGGACUUCAUCACCUGGGUAUCUGAUGUAGUUGAGAGGGCUUUGCGAGGUCGGGAAUUAAUCUCUCCUCUUUUACUUCUCGAUG